GCCCGAGGCCCUCCGCCGCCAGCAUGGAGGGAGGCGCCGGGAACUCCAAGAGCUCCGGAUUCGCCGGCCUCUUCGGCGCCGGAGGAGGAGUGGCGGGGCCGAGCUAUUCGCACGCCGACCUGGCCGGCGUCCCUCUGACUGGAAUGAAUCCCUUGUCCCCAUAUUUAAAUGUUGACCCCAGAUAUCUUAUACAGGAUACAGAUGAAUUCAUUUUACCUACUGGAGCUAAUAAAACCAGAGGAAGAUUUGAACUGGCGUUCUUUACAAUUGGCGGAUGUUGUAUUACCGGAGCUGCUUUUGGGGCAUUAAAUGGCUUGAGACUAGGUUUGAAGGAGACACAAAACAUGGCUUGGUCCAAACCUAGGAAUGUACAGAUUUUAAAUAUGGUGACACGGCAAGGAGCAUUAUGGGCAAACACUCUUGGAUCUCUAGCGCUGCUCUACAGUGCCUUUGGCGUCAUCGUGGAGAAAACACGGGGGGCCGAAGACGACCUCAACACGGUUGCAGCUGGCACCAUGACGGGGAUGCUGUAUAAGAGCACAGGUGGAUUGCGUGGGAUAGCCAGAGGUGGCGUUGCGGGACUCAUGCUCACAGGUCUCUAUGCGCUCUACAACAACUGGGAGCAUAUGAGGGGCUCCAUGCAACAGCAGUCCCUUUGAGCCGAGCAGAGGAUGGAGCCUCCACCCAAGUAGUGCAAUCAGACUUGACCCCUUCGUCAUUACAGUACCUAGCGGACACCCCCCCACCCCCACACUCAAGGCCACUGGUUCUCACAGCCCGGUUCUUGAGCAGCGGCUGGUGAAAGGGGCCAUUUUAUCUGCCAAGAUGAAGAUCUCGUCUCCAUAAGCAUGUUCACUUUCGCUCAGUUUGUACACCGAGACCAUUGCUUAAUUUGACUGUAAUAAAAUGUGUGUGCUGAAAAACCGA